AUGGGUGUCUCCAACUCUGAGCCGCCCACAAUCUUUGGGGCGUAUGUCGACCAUCAAACGGCUACGUUCGCUUCCAAGCCCGCACAGCCAACAACGGCAAACGACCGACCGGCCAUCGUGUAUUAUCAUGUUCAAUCUCCUCCUGAACCACCGUCAAGGAACCCCCAUCUGUUUAAAAAGAUGAUGGACAAGGCACUCGGAACGUGGACCGAGUUUGGCAAGGCCGAAAAGACGUCGUGGAAGUUUAAACUCUAUGCAUGGGGUGAGCGCGUCGCGGACCGCAUAGAGUUUGAAGAAAACGCGUUAAAGGCCAUCAACACGUCGUUUAGGCCGGAUGCACCAAAGCCAGAGUUCAAUCUCGGUUCAAAAGAUGACAAGGCACUCUUUAUUUAUCCAAAGGGACUCUCCUUUGAAGUAUUCGAGGACUGGAAGUCCCAUGUUCGUCUCCGAGAGCCGUAUCACAAACGAUAUUUCUAUCUUUGGUCAUUAGGAUUGCCAGUGACAGCCCCUAUUGGGAUUGCACCCAUCAUCCCAAACGUGCCUUUUUACUUUUGUGCUUGGCGUGCCUGGUGCCACUGGAAAGCGUGGCGUGCGACUAUUUAUUUGAACCAACUCCUCACCAUCGACUACUUUGAACCAACCGCCGACGCUGCACUAGACACGAUUUACAGCCCGAAGAAUGUAUCCCAAUCUAACUUAUCACUAUCGGAUUCUGUAUCGGCAUCCUCACACUCCUCUGGCGCACCUUCGUCUGCUUCCUCGGACUCUCUUUCGGAUUCGACACCCUCGCCCAGUGACCCUGCAUCCAAACACGCAGAAUUCGACCCAAUGGUCGACUCUCAGCUCGUGCUUCGCGAAGAAGAUGUUCCGGGACUCGUCACACGACUCGAGCUGCCACAACAAGUCGGCUCAGAGCUCUUGCGUGCAAUUGAACAAACUCGAGUGCGACUACGCAAAGAACUCGCACAGGAUCAGAAGCAACAGACAUGA